AUGCCCGCGAACACUGACCCCCCUGCACUCGACAAGGCCGACCCCGUGCUGCAGCUGCUCACGCACAACGAGGCACUGUACGUCCACCGCUACCCCGGCACGACGGCGGUGCCGGGCUCGCUCUUCGAUGCGCAGGACAGCUUCGUGACCGUCUCUCGCACGCCGCGCGAGGUGUCCGUCGUCGCGGCCAAGGGCGCGCCUGCUGCUGCGGGCAUGCCGAAUGCGGCGGAGGAGCACUGCGGCGGCCCGUGGACAGCCAUCCGCGUGCGCGGCCCGCUGGAGCACCACAUGGUCGGAGUGCUCUCCGAGAUCGCGCGUGUGCUCAAGGAGGCGUCGAUCUCGAUCUUCGCCAUCUCGACGUGGGACACAGACUACAUCCUCGUGACGAGCGACACGUUGGAGCGGGCCAAAGAGGCGCUCGCGGCCGACGGGUGGCGGUGGGCGUAG